AUGAAAGUGUCGUCUCUCUCAAUCCAUGCCGUGCGUUCCAAACAGCUACGCACAACCACCUCAUACCUGUCGCGAAACACAACCGCCGCCCCCGAGCCGAUCGCAGCUCCGCCCUCUGGCCGCAAGAUCGGCCGCCUUCCCAAACCGCCCAUUCCCAACCCUCCUCAAACCACCGACCCGGACAUAGUGCGAUGCAACAUAGCCAUCGCCAAACACAUGCGCAGAGGCCAAUGCGACAUUGCCCGGCACCUGUUCGACUCUAUGCCCCGCAAAACGACGGUCUCCUACAACACCAUGAUAUCCGGCUACCUAUCAAACGGCAAAAUCGGGCUGGCCCACUACCUGUUCGAGAAAAUGCCCCAAAGGGAUGUGGUCACUGGCAACAUAAUGAUCAGUCAGUACGUAAAGAGUGGCAACCUUGGGGCUGCUCAGAGAAUGUUCGACGAAAUGCCCGUGAAAAACAUCGUCUCGUGGAACGCAAUUUUAUCUGGGUACGCGGACAGGGGGCUCGUGGACGAGGCCCAGCGAGUUUUCAAUUGCAUGCCUGAGAAGGACGAGAUCUCUUGGAAUGGGAUUCUCUCCGCUUAUGUUCAUACAGGGAAAAUAGAGGAGGCGAGAGUUCUGUUCGAGGGCAGGGUCUUCUGGCCGGUGGCUUCGUGGAAUUGUUUGAUGAGCGGUUACUUGAAGAGGAAGGAUCUGGAUGAGGCCAUGCAGAUUUUCGACCGCAUGCCCGUGCGGGACGUAAUCUCCUGGAACACAAUAAUCACGUGCUAUGCGCAGAGCGGAAAAAUGGACAAGGCAAGGGAGCUGUUCGAAAAAUCCCCGACUAAGGAUGUGUUCACGUGGACAGCUAUGGUUUCAGGUUACGUGCAGAAUGGGAGGUUGCGGGAAGCAAGACAGGUCUUUGACGAGAUGCCCGACAAGAAUGUCGUGUCGUGGAAUGCUAUGAUCACAGGUUACGUGCAGGAGAAGGACAUGGAUGCGGCCUGGGAGCUGUUUGAGGUCAUGCCGUUUAGAAAUGUGGUGUCUUGGAACACAAUGAUAACGGGGUAUGCUCAGAUUGGGAACAUGGCUCGUGCAUUGGAUUUAUUCAGUUGGAUGUCGAACCGGGAUUGUGUCUCGUGGGCGGCAAUCAUAGCUGGGUACGCUCAGAAUGGUGAGGGAGAGAAGGCAUUGGGUGUGUUUAUCGAGAUGAAGAAAGCGGGCGAGCGUUUGAACAGGUCGGCUUUCACGUGUAUUUUGAGCACGUGUGCGGAUAUAGCUGCCUUUGGGCUUGGGAAGCAGGUGCAUGGGAACUUGGUGAAGGUGGGGUUCGAGUUCGGGUGUUUUGUGGGAAAUGCGCUUCUUGCCAUGUACUGCAGAUGCGGGAGCAUAGACGAGGCGCGAAAGGUAUUUGGAAGUAUCAACGAUAAGGAUGUGGUGUCGUGGAACACAAUCAUUAUUGGUUAUGCGAGGCACGGUUUUGGGGCAGAGGCACUCGAGCAUUUUGAAGCAAUGAAGAGGGAACGUGUUCAGCCGGAUGAAGUUACCAUGGUGGGUGUCCUCUCUGCCUGCAGCCAUACCGGGUUAGUAGAAAGAGGCAGACGCCAAUUUUACUCGAUGACACAAGAUUACGGCAUAUCCCCUAAUUCAAAGCACUACACCUGCAUGAUCGACCUCCUCGGCCGAGCAGGGCGCCUGGACGAGGCCCAAAACCUAAUGACCGAAAUGCCCUCUGACCCUGACCCCGCCACAUGGGGCGCCCUCCUCGGCGCCAGCCGUAUACACGGUAACACAGCCCUGGGAGAAAAAGCUGCCCGCAUGAUCUUUGCACUCGAGCCCUGGAACACGGGCAUGUACGUCCUGCUUUCUAACUUGUACGCGUCCACCGGCAGGUGGACCGAUGUGAAUAAGAUGCGAUCCAGAAUGAGGGAUGUUGGGGCCAAUAAAUCACCUGGGUACAGCUGGGUCGAGGUGCAAGGCGCCAUUCACACGUUCUGUGUUGGGGACACAUCACAUGCCGAGAGUGAGAGGAUUUACGCGUUCUUGGAUGAGCUGGAGUUGCGGAUUAAAGAUGAUGGUUAUGUGUCGGCCACGAAAAUUGUGCUGCACGAUGUGGAGGAAGAGGAAAAGCAGCACAUGCUGAAGUACCACAGCGAAAAACUGGCGAUGGCAUACGGGAUCAUGCGGAUCCCAGGCAGUGGGCCUGUUCGAGUUUUCAAGAACUUGAGGGUUUGCGAGGACUGCCAUACAGCGGCUAAGCACAUGGCCAAGGUCGUGGGGAGAUUGAUUAUCUUGCGGGACCCUAACCGUUUUCACCAUUUUCAGGGGGGAGCUUGUAACUGUGGAGAUUAUUGGUAA